AUGGGGUUUCAAUUCAUUCUCCUGCUGGUGAACAUUUGGUUACUUACCAGUGCAAUGAAAAUUGAUGGAUCAUCAGAUUGUACGUACAUGACAUGCAGCGAGCCCCUGACGUAUACGCCGCUCGGAUCGCCUUGUGGCUGCGUCUGGCCGAUUCAAGUUAAGCUCCGGCUCGGUGUCGCGAUAUACACUAUCUUUCCUUUGGUUUCGGAAUUGGCUCAGGAAAUUGCUGCUAGUGUAGGACUAAACCAGCGCCAAGUUCGGAUCACCGGAGCAAAUGCAGCUAGUCAGGAGCUCGAUAAAAGCACAGUCCUCAUCGAGUUGGUACCUUGGGAAGUAAGAUUCAACAAUGCAACCGCAUUCGCAAUCUAUAAGAAAUUUUGGAACAGACGGGUCUUUGUCGAGGCUUCUCGUUUCGGUCCCUAUGAAGUUGUGUAUGUUCGCUAUCCAGGUCUUCCACCUUCUCCGCCUGCAGUGAGUUCGAGUGUUUCGAGUAUAGGCGACGGGCCAUACUCCGGCAGUAACAACCACGGGCAAGCAGCGAAACCAUUGGGCGUUUAUGCGUCUGAGAAGACGAGAGUAGGCGUUACACGAGGCAUGAUUGCUGCGAUCAUUGUAUCAUCUUUUUCAGCAUUUGUUGUAUGCUCCUCCGGUAUCAUUUGGCUUAUUGUUUCGAAAUAUGGAGCUUGUGUGGAAGGACCGGAACAUAUGCCACAAGCUAUAACAUUUUCUCCUGCAAAACCACCAGGUACUUCAGUCGGUGCUGCAUCGAUGGCAGUUAGUGUUAGUGGGAUGACAUAUACAGGACUGGCAAAGAACUUCACUUUAAGUGAUAUAGAAAGAGCCACCAAUCGGUUCGACGAUGCACGGGUGAUCGGUGAAGGAGGUUGUGGCAUUGUCUACAGAGGUAUGUUAGAUAAUGGAGUUGCAGUGGCUGUCAAAGUACCGAAGAGGGUGGAUCAGCAUGGUGAACAAGAGUUCUUGGCCGAAGUCGAGAUGCUUAGCCGCCUGCAUCAUCGGAAUCUGGUUAAAAUGGUCGGUAUUUGCACCGAGGGAAACAUACGUUGUCUAGUCUACGAACUUGUACCAAAUGGAAGCCUUGAGUUCCAUUUACAUGGAGUCGACAACGAAACCGGUUCACUCGACUGGGGUGCUCGAAUGAAGAUUGCCAUCGGUGCAGCUCGAGGCUUAGCGUAUUUACACGAAGACUCCAGUCCCAGGGUCAUACACAGAGACUUCAAGUCCAGCAACAUCUUGCUCGAACAUGAUUUCACUCCUAAAGUUUCGGAUUUCGGAUUGGCUAGAACAGAAUUGGAUGAAGGGAACAAAUAUGUUCCUACACAUGUAAUGGGAACAUUCGGUUACUUGGCUCCCGAGUAUGCAAUGACCGGUCACCUUCGUGUCAAAAGCGACGUUUACAGUUACGGUGUGGUCCUACUCGAGCUCUUAACAGGGAGGAAACCUGUGGACUUAUUGCAGCCACCAGGCCAAGAAAAUCUCGCUGCAUGGGCUCGCCCGCUCCUUACGGCCAAGGAAGGUUUAGAAACAGUCAUUGAUCCAUCCAUAAAAUCCGAUAUCUCAUUCGAUAGCAUUUCCAAGGUAGCUACAAUAGCGUCCAUGUGCGUGCAGCCCGAAGCAUCUAAUCGUCCUUUUAUGGGCGAAAUUGUUCAAGCAUUAAGGCUAAUAUGCAAUGAAUUUGAUGAGACUAGUGGACAUUCAAGUGAGCUUGCACAAACCUCAGAGUCAUUUCAGAUAUCGGUGUCUGCAUCGAAUCACUUAAGUAUUGGACAAGUCAUCGAGGAACCGGAACCGGGAUCCUUUACAAGGCAUUUCUGGCAGAAAAUAAGAAGAUUAUCAAGAGGCAGCCAAAGUGAGCAUGGAUUUUCAGUUAAAAUUUGGCCAGGGUCUCAUUAAACUAGAAGGGAAAACCAGUAAGAAACAAAGCAUGGAGCCUUAAUCUUUUAUUAUAUGGCACUAAAAACAUCAAAACAAGCGCAUAGCUAAGCCUAAGAUCCCAAACUGUUUCCAUUUUCUUCAGUUCAUCAUAUAUAAAUAAACAGCACAAUUCAAAAGGCAAAGCUAAAGCCAAUUCUCUACAUAUGAAUAUCACAUUCAUUUCCUAGUGCUACUGAUACCACAAAACGAACGCCGGUGACCAGUGGUCAGUCUCUUACACGUCAGCAGCCUUUC